GCGCGAGUAUGGACACGGUGACGGUCGUGUGUAUGGAGCUGCACAAUAAAGCAACCGGACAUCGGAUGUCGUGGAAUGAGAAGGCUCUGAAGAAAGCUUGCAAUGAGUAUCUACGUAAGCAUCUGGCGGAUAUUGUCAACGUGGUUCCCAGGAAGUUGGAAUACGGUUUCUCCAGUGAAUACUCGGCACAUGCAGAAGAAAUGUCCAUAAACGAACUCUCGCCUCCGAUCCUCAUCUGCAUCUUGACCAGCGUUGAUGCGGAUAAUCAGCUUCGAUUCUCCUGGGUUUGCGCUUUAUGGAGUGAGAUUGGCGGAAAUAUCAGGAUAAGCGGCUCGUCAUCCUGGAUAGCGCGCAGAUUUGGCCAAGAAAGCCCUACGCUCACGAAUAUUAUAUCGAGUUCGCUUACCGCCACUUUAAGCUUCAGACGACGCUGGACCGUACCAUCACAAAGGAAACUACACGACUGGCGCUGAUGGACGACCGCGACGACUCUCGAUCCGCGAUCAAUCUCAUAAUGAAAAUGGAGGCAGUCAAGGUUGUUUUAGAAGCCAAGGGAUCUCGCCUGUCCUCCAUCGUUGUGCGGUACAACGGUAGUGGUGUUGCGGAACGCUCGGAGACAUUUCUGGCCGUCGAUGUCGACGAGGAUACCAUGCUUGCUAACGAGGAUGCCAUCGAUGUCAACGACGACCAGUACAUACUGCGCCACGUGGUCGACGUGUUGAGAGUAUGCGACGAGCUGACCCUUGUUAACUACAAGCCGUCCAAGUCGAUCACGGGUUCAGUGUGGUACAUGCUCUCUGGCUCCAGCAUAACUGUACCAAUGUCACUGAUGGCCCGCUUGCGCUCUGACCAUGACAAGAUUGAUCUGGGUGUGACGAUUCCGUUCCUGCGGUUUCGCGCUGGGGAAGCCGCUACGGAACAGCGCCGGCGCUUUCUGGCUGCGGCCAAUGACAACUGUCCGGCCGUUGGUGAAGCUGUGCAGCAGAAGGUCACUACCUUGUUUGCGCGAUGGUUGGAGAAACUGGGUGAUCGUGAAUGGAUCGGGGUUUGCCGAUUUCUCAAGCUGUUCAACAGUCUGGGACCCGAUGACAAUCCGCAUCGAUGGGACACGAUAGAUCGAUUUGACCUAUCCCAGUUAAAUAACUUGACCUUCGCAGCACUGCAUGGAUGCUUCAGAGACGGAAGACGACACCGAAAGUGAAAAUGACAUAGUCAGUUGGCGUGUCAGGGUGUUAUACUGUAUUCGUUAACUGCUGGCUCGGUUGUUUUUGUCGCGGUAAUCAUGUCGUUCUGGUUCGAUCAUGGGAAGUUUGUUGUCCUUGAAACGGUGUGAAAAAUUUUUCCGGUUAAA